GUUUCAACAUCGCAGCAAUUUUUCUUCCAGUCUCUCCUUACCUUAACCCCUUCACUGUCCAAUUGGUGGCUCCAGGGUCACCUAUUCAGCUCCGCUAUCUGUUGCUUUUGUCCUUCAGAAGCCAGCCCGCUCAGCGCAGCAAAAUACGAGAAUUAGUUAUUUGUGCGCCUGAGCAAUCGAUACAUUAUCGAAACAGUCCAAUAUCAGCAAGCCCAUCAUGGCUCGUCCGCGCAAGUCCAGCCAUCUGGGAGAUAUCCCGGGUGAUACCACCGCGCCCGCCAUGUCGACCAUGAACGAGGUCAGCCCUGUGGAGGGAGAAGCUUCAAAAUGGGACAAGGCCUUGCAGAACCAGGUAAGCUCUGAAAAGGCUCUCAAAUCGCAGACCAAGCGGCGCAAAAACCGAUCGCCCCUCCGUCGGUUCAAGGACUUAUGUUCGAAACACACCUGGGUUCUACCUCUCCUGCUGAUGAGCAUAAUCCUCCUCGCAUACGCCGUUAAUCCCACGCCGGCCAAUCCUUUCCACAGCGCUAUCUUCUUGUCUUACCCACAACCUCCCAAGACCCCUGGCGGCCCGGUUAUGUACGGAAAAGGUCCCUUGGACUUUGCUUUUGUCGGCUUCUACACUAUUGUCCUGUCUUUCACACGGGAGUUUUUGAUGCAAUGCGUGAUUCGCCCAUGGGCUGGAUACUGUGGCAUUCGCAGCAGAGGAAAGACUGCUAGAUUCAUGGAGCAGGUCUACACAGCCAUGUACUUUGCGAUCUUUGGACCUUUCGGUUUGUACGUGAUGAAACAGACGGAUAUCUGGUACUUCAACACCACCGCCAUGUUUGAGGGUUUCCCUCACCGGGAGCACGUCGCCAUCUUCAAGGCCUAUUACCUGCUCCAGGCUAGUUACUGGGCUCAGCAAGCGAUUGUGUUGCUGCUGCAGCUCGAAAAGCCCCGGAAGGAUUUCAAGGAGCUUGUCGGUCAUCACAUCAUCACUUUGGCGCUGAUCGGGUUGAGUUACCGCUUCCACUUCACCUAUAUGGGCAUUGCGGUCUAUAUCACCCACGACAUCUCAGAUUUCUUCCUAGCGACCUCAAAAACCCUCAACUACCUCGACUCCAUCAUCACUAUACCAUACUUUGGCACCUUCGUCGUUAUGUGGAUCUACCUCCGCCAUGUCCUCAACCUGAAGAUCCUCUGGGCCGUGCUGACCGAAUUCCGCACUGUCGGACCCUACGAGCUCAACUGGGAGACCCAACAAUACAAGUGCUGGAUCAGUCAGGUCAUCACCUUCGUCCUGCUGGCCAGUCUGCAAGCUGUCAAUCUCUUCUGGCUCUUCUUGAUCCUUCGCAUUCUCAAGAACUACAUCUUCAACAGCGUGAAGAAGGACGAGAGAAGCGACGACGAGACCGAAGAGGAACUCGAGCAGGAGGCAGAGAGCCAUGCUGCCCUUGCCACUGGAGCUGAGCAACCUUUUCUCACCGCUCGCAAUACAAACAAGGCCCCUCAGGUCUUCGUCAACGGCGAGCCUCUUGGCGCAAAAGCCAACUCUUAGUGCUUGAUGCUGAGAGCCAACCGAGUAUUUCCUUACUGUCACUUUGGGCAUGAAUAGCUCGCUGAGCUUUGUCUAUAUCACGAAUUUGACUUGUCUGGCGAUGCUUGACAAGCUUUUUUUUUAUUCUCUGUUAUAUUGCGACGGUUCCAUGGUGAAUGACAAAUUACAAAUUUCUCUUUCUGCAAAGAUACUUUUUCAACCCCUUUCUGUGACUGACGUUGUGCAUGGCGAAGCUGAAUGGAUAUAGUAACGAUUUUUCUUGAGUGGGCAGUUCAUUGUACUUUUUUAGUGGAUGGCCUUGAAGACCACCUUCUGCCAAGCUAAUGAUAAUCAUAAUAAUAGAUUUGCGCUGGUGAUUUU